AUGGCUCCUCGCAUUCACAUUAAGCAACAACAAACCCGCUCCAAAUCAUGUCGACUUGACAUUCUGAUUGUCGGAGCCGGUCUGGCAGGGCUGGGCUCUGCCAUUAGUUGUGCUCUCGUCGGUCACUCCGUUCACAUUCUCGAAGCUGCCCAGGAAAUUAAAGAAGUCGGCGCCGGUAUCCAGGUUCUUCCGAACAGCUCGCGCGUUCUCCAACACUGGGGCCUGGAGAAGGCGUUAACCCCGCAUAUGACGGUUCCGAGCGUCUGUAACUUUAUUGGAUGGAAGGGGAAUAAAAUCUCCCACUUAGACUUUCAUGAAUCCGAGAGCAAUUAUCCUGGAACAUGGUAUCGGGAUUUUCAUCGUGCUGAUCUCCAGCGGUGUCUUGUUGACAGAGCUCUGGAGCUCGGGGUACAAAUGACCUGCAAUGCACGCAUUAGAACCGUCCAUGUGAGCGAUGAUGGCGCCACCGCAACCAUCGUGGCAGCGGAUGGUAGGCAGUGGGAAGGCGAUCUAGUGAUCGGAGCCGACGGCGUAUUUGGAAGGUUGACGGAGGAGUUGCUUGGACGCAGCAAUCCCCCAGUCAAAACCGGGGAUCUCGCAUAUCGUCUGUUAUUGUCGACUGAAGAGAUGCGGAAGGACCCCGAGUUGGCACCGUUUGUGAACAAUCCACAGGUUAAUUACUGGCUGGGUCCAGAUGCUCAUGCUGUGAAUUACGUACUCCGAGGCGGAGACCUGUUCAAUAUGGUGUUGCUUGUACCAGAUGAUAUCCCUGAGGAUUCUCUUGCAUCGACGAUCGAAGGGAAUGUGGAGGAGAUGUGCGCUUUGUUUAAAGGCUGGGAUCCACGUAUUCAAAAGCUACUCAAGCUCUGCCAGUCGGUGCAGAAAUGGAGGCUUUGUAUCCGAUUCGGGGAAUUCGACUGGUCUCACCCAUCCGGUUCAUGGAUAAUGCUGGGCGAUGCGGUGCAUGCAACCCUGCCGUAUCUAGCUUCAGGGGCCGGUAUGGCAUUCGAAGAUGGUGCUGUUCUCGGUGAAUGCCUAUCUCGCCUUCCCGAUCAUUACAAUCUCGAAAAGACGUCGCCCGAGUUUCUGAAGGCCAAAAGGCACGCCCUGUCCGUAUUUCAACGGUGUCGUAAGGAGCGUACAAAAAUGGUGGUUGAAAGGGGAAAUAUCCAACAAUAUUUAUAUCAUCUGCACGAUGGGCCCGAACAACAGGCAAGGGAUUGGAAGAUGCAGAUGACACCGACGCCUGAAGGCGAGGCUCUGGCUUGGAGAGAUCCUGGGUUGGCUCCGAAGCUAUUGGGAUAUGACCAUAUUGCCGAUCUGGAACGCCGAGCGAUCUUCUCCAAGCGCUGGAUUCUCCUCACCCAUUCAAGCCGAUUCAACCAACAAGGCGAUUUCCUCUCCUUCACCGUCGCAAACUUUUCAUUCUUCUUAAUCCGGGGCCGUGAUGAUACUAUCAAUGGUUUCCACAAUAUCUGCCGGCACCGCGCAUUCCCAGUCGUACAGACUCGUUCCGGAUCGACCUCCAUUCUUAGCUGCAAGUAUCAUGGUUGGUCCUAUGGGCUCAAAGGCAAUCUAGCCAAAGCACCGCGCUUCGACACUGUUCCGGAAUUCGAUAAAACCCAACAUGGAUUGCUCCCCAUACAUGUCCAUAUCGACAAGGCCGGCUUCAUUUGGGUGAAUCUGCAAGCGGGCUUGCCGGAUGUGCAAUGGGAGGACGACUUCCGAAGAAUCGAUGAACAGCCACGAAUGCAAGAGUUCGACUUUGCCGGGGAAUACACAUUCGAUCACUCCUGGGAAAUGGACUUGGAUGCAAACUGGAAGGGAGUGAUUGAGAACUAUAAUGAGUGCUAUCAUUGUGCAACUUCUCAUCCGCUCAUCAGCGGGGUGUCGGAUCUUCCUCGGUAUCGCGUGGAGCCCACAGCAGGAUACAUGGAGCACCACAUUUUCAACAAAGAACAGAUCGAUGCUCAGUUUAAACGGGCAAUUACUUAUUUCUUCCCCACCACCUCAGUCACCGUCACUGACAAAUUCUUCUAUAUUCAACGCAUGAUUCCGGUUUCCGCAACCAAGAGUAAAAUUGAGAACGAAGUGUAUCGUCAUCAAGAUGCGACAGACAAAGAGUUCGAUGAUAUCAACGCGUUUUAUCGGCAGGUGCUUGACGAGGAUAAGGAGCUGUGCGUGGGAGCACAGGGCAAUCUGGGCGCCGGGGUCUUUGUCAACGGCGAGCUUCACCCAGACAAGGAAAAGGGCCCGCUUCAUUUUCAGAAGCAUGUGAAGGAGGUGCUCAUGGCGCACCGGAAGAAGGAAGAGCAACAAGGUGGACGAGAAAUCUGGCCUGCACUUCCUAAGCUAUCUGGACAGAUGACUGAGAAGCUGGCUGGUGAAGAACGAUUUUGUUCACAAUUAGAGGCUGCCACUUGCCUGAACCGGCCGGAGCUGACAUGGUGA